CAACGCCCUCGUAGUUAAGCUAGUUUAGUUCUGUUAAUAUACCAAAAAACUGGUUGGAAAUAUAACUCCUGACUCGAGAUGUUGUCUUUUCAGCUGCUCAGAGCUGAAUGGUACUUGCUGAUCACCUCCAAACCAGCCAAUCAGCGCGUGCGAAAAGCAUUAUUUAUCUGUGUGGUUAUACUUAUUGUUAAUUAUCUAAUUAGAAUCCAAUGAAGGAAUUUCUUUAGUGAAAAACUGAUGGAGAAAAUGAAGCGAAAAUCUUCGACUAUUUCCAGUUAUCCCUGUCUUUGAAUGCUGCUAUUUCCACAGGUUUGAUAGAGAGGCUUCUAAUUUUAGACGUCUGGCGGUACACGUGGUAAACAAAGGCGUCCUAACGAUAGAGUUCUACAAAAGUAAAGAUCGGAGUGAUGGAAAUAUGAUUGGUGUACUGGAUAUGAAACUGCCUCCCGCGCUGGACCUUGCGAGUACUCCUGUGAAGUUUCUAGGCAUUCCCGUAGAUGACAGAAUACUUCACGAAGCUCCUUUGGCCGAAAUCCUGGCAGCAUGUAACGGGGUGUUAGAGAAAAUAGGCCGGUGGGAUAUUCAUGAAAGUCAUUUGCGAAGCAACCUCGAUGAAUUUCGCAAAAAAUGUAGUUUCUACGGAGCUCUUGCGAGCUUACCCGUAGAGUAUCAACGAGAGUGCUGUGAUGCAAUCAUUAGCUUUCUGAGGGAGCACAGACGAACCGGUUUCGAAGGCUUUAAACACAUCGAAGAAUAUCUUAUUCAUGCAAAAGAUGCCUGAUAACUAUCAAUAAAAGCUUACGUCGCGAAUUUUUUGAGAAGCUUUGAGAAUGGUCUUUAUAAAUUAAAAAUCAAGAAACGUAUAAUCGAUGCCAUAAGAAGAGAAGUGGAUGAUGACGAGGUUUGCUACAGAGCAGCGCUCAGAAAAUUGUACGAGAAAAGUGGAUCCUGAGCUACGAAAGUGAGGAAAGGAGGGUUUAUGUUGCGACUUACGAGUAGGAGUUUUAGUUAUGUGAAAGAGAA